GCUAGCUAGCGGCGUAGUUGCUGUAUACUCCCACCAUCCGGGGCGCAACACCGGCGCUGCAGUCUGCGAAUAAUAGACACCGCGGCUAGCGCUCACAAGGUGACGACCAUCAGAUAGCACAGCGCUUCCAUGGGCCAACGCUGCCCGAAGGCGGACUGUGCGGGAGGCAAGCCAACCCCGGGGCGGCGACAACCAUGAGCGGGGGCCCCUAGUUGAGCACGAAUGGUGCUCGGCGUGUUGGCGGGAGCACUCGAGUACGCCAGGGGAGGCAGCAAGUGUUUGUGGGGGCUUGCUCACAGGCUAUGGCCACACAGUGCGCAUGCGCAGCUGCAACAGCUGCCCCAGUCGGGGGCCACGGCAGCUCUCGGCGCGCAAGCACACGUGCGUGGCUCUUACUCCGGCGCCACAUGUGUCAGUGUCGGUAGCCUGGCCAGCGCCGGGGUUCCAGCCCUGCCACCGCGCGUCGUUGUCACAGAGGCGGUGGCGGCUUCGGCACAAGCUCCAUCACUAGCUCCCUCGCAGGCACCUGCCCACAGCGGCCAGGCGCUCCUUUUGCAGUGGGUGCUGACGGCACCAGUUUGCGCUGUGGGGACAGUGGUGACGCCGCCAGAGGCGGCCGCGGCGGCCGCAGCCCUGAGCCCGGCUUUAUUUGCCUCUCUCGGCCGGAUACAUUUGGACAAGCCAGCGCCUGCUGAUGCUGCAGCGCCCGCAGCUUUGCAUACCUCGCUGCCAACAGCCGAGCUGCCAUGCUCGCUACAGCCACAGCCACAGCCACAGCCACAGCCACAGCUACAGCCGCAGCUGUCGGGCCCACAACUGCGCGGCAUGGCCAGCAGUCGGCAAGUGCCGCCGGCCCGUGUGCAGCAGCAGCUGGAUGAGUGCCGCUCGCUGGAGCAACUGCAGGCGGCGGUGGAGGAGCUGCAGGCGUCCAUGCGGCCGCACCACGCCGCCCGCGCCGUGCUCUACGCCGGCGAGCAGCUGCAGGCGCUGGUCAGGGCCGCAGCCGGGGCCGGGACUGGGUCCGCCGCCGCCGCCAAUGACACCGGUGGUGCUGCGGACCUAGUUGCGGUACACAGGGCCGCGCUGCAGCUGGCGCAGCGGUGCAGCGCCAUGGCGCUGGGCCAGCAGUCGCUGGAGCCGCAGGCGCAUGGGAUGCAGCAGGGCGUGCUGGAGAUGGUGGCCGUGCGGGAUCUGCUGCAGGGCUGGUGCCAGCUGCUACUGCCGGCGCACCCCGCCACCGCCCUGCCUCUCCCGCUGUCGCAAACGCAGUCGCAGCUGCCCUCGCGCCAGCAGCUGGCGGCGGUGCUGGACAUCCUCGCGCCCGGCGCGUCGGCGGACCUGUCCCUCAGCACCACCACCACCACCGCCGUCGUGACCGCUCCGGCGGCUGACCUGCCCCACAGCAGUGCCCAAGCACCCGACACGCAGCAGCUACGGUCACAGCAGCGUACCCAAUCGCAGAAGCAGCAACAACAGCAGCAGCAGCAGCACCGCUACGGCCGAAUGCACAUGGCCACCCUGCCCGAAGUGACGUCGAUGCUGCAUCCACUGGCGGUGCUGGGCGCGCUGCCGCCGGGCGGCCGCCUUCGCGCCGUCGUCGCCAACGUCGUGCUCCGCCGCGCCGCCGCCGAGGGCCCGGAGGAGCUGGCGGCAGCCGCGCGAGCCCUAGCCUCCAAGCAGGUGGGGGCGCUGGACCCCACCGUGGCGGCGGCGCUGCUGCGCGCGGCGCUGCAGCUACAGCCCUCGGCGCUCGGCAGUAGCUGGCGCCGCGGCGCGCCCGUGACUCUUCGCACGCGGGAGCUGGUGCCGCUGCUGCACCUGUACAUGCUGAGCGGUGCGGCGGCGACGCCGUCGGCGCUGAGCCCCCAGGAGCUGGAUGCGGCGGCGGAGGUGCUCCUGCGCGAUGGCGUGUGGACGCUGACAUUGCAAGAGCUGGCGGCAGUCCUGGGCGUGUACGCUGCAGGCAGCGGCGGCGCCAAGCCGUUGCUGCUGCAGGCGCUGGCAGCGCACGCUGCCGCCGCUGCCCGCAGCGUGCGCGCCCAGCGGAUGAUGGAGGGUGCGGCCAGGCCGGUGCGGGCGGGGAAGUCGACGGCGAAGGCAGUGGCGGCGAUGCAGGCGAUGGAGCGGGCGUGCGCCAUGCACUUUGGCAACUCUUGCGAGCAGCUGGCAGCUGUGGGAGCGCUGCUGCGUGACUUCGCGAGGCUGCAGUACGACGACCCCGGCCUCUAUGAAGCCCUGGCGCGCGCCGCGCUGUUGACCACUAGCCGGAUCCGGGACUCGCCCUUGUUCCACGGGCUGCGUGACCGGAGCACAGACGUACGGCGCGUCCAUCCAACCCUUAGGGGCAAGAGGCGGCGCAAGCUGGGCGAGGAGGUGUGGCAGCAGGCAAUCGAGCUGUGGCAGCAGAUGGACGAGCACACGCUGCGGCUGCUGUCGGCGGCGACGGCCGCGGUGGACGGUGUGGCCUGGGCCCCGGCGCAGCAGCUGCCAGCUGCCAGCAGAGCCGUGGCCAGCGGCGGCACUGCCUCAGGGCCCUCCGCCGCCAUGACGGGUGCUGCGAAGGCGCUGGGGGAGCUCCUCACGCCGCUGGUACCGGCGAUGUCGGGGACCAAGUUGUUGGCGCUGAUGCGGAUGUGCGCCGCUCGCGGGCUGGCGGACAGGCGGCUGGCGGCAGCGCUGGAUGAGCGCGUGGCGACGCUGCUACAGCCCACUCUCAGCUGCCACCGGGAACUCGUCUCGGAUGGCGACGGCUCGGCUGCUGCUACUGCUAGUGCUGCUGCCGCUACUGCCAACAACACGAAGCUGCUGGACUGGCUCACGCAGUUUCUGGAGCUGGCGAGUCGCAGUCUGGGCGGCGACUGGCCCCGUGUGCGGGGAGUGCUGCUGCCGAGCAGCGCACAUCAGCAGCAGCCACAGCGGCAGCAGCGGUCACAGGUUCUUGAGCCCGGAGCGCAACCGGAAGACGCGCAGCCGAACGAGGUGCUCGCGGCGGCGGUGACAGAGCCCGCAUCGGCUGGGUUGCAGGCUGACAGCAGGCCUCCCUUACCACCGCUGUGGGUACGGCUGAUCGGCGAGAUUGUGCUUGCGAUAGAGACGGAGCGCGCGGCUGGCGGUGGGAGCCUGGGAUAUGCAAGCCACAACCCUGGCGCCGCGCCUGACAUUGCCGGCAAGCUGUGUCGGCUGCUCGGCUGCCUCGCGGUGGACGGCACGCUCACGGCAGACCCGCAGCUGCUGCACGCGCUGCUGCGGGCGCUGUCCUACGCCCUGGACCCCUCGUCACUGGCCGGCGUCUUCUCAACCCCGCCGUUCCCAGAGCUGCGCACCGCACAGCGGCGCAGGCUGGUGGAGCAGGUCUUCUGGCGUGGCGACCUCGUCACGACGACUAACCCACCCGGCACAGGAGCCAACAUGGGUGCGGGCGGCCGCGGCAGCGGCGCGGCUGGCGCGGCUGGCGCGGCGGGUGCGGCCGCUCGGCCGCCUCACCUGGACGAUGAGGCGGCUUGCGGGCUGUUCCGAGCCUACAUCUGCGCGGUGGACGCGGGGCUGGAGGAAGAGGUGCAGGGUGCGCUGCCGCGGCACAUGGCGGCGCCGCUUAUGGCGCGCGCCGCCGCCGCGUGGCAUGAGGGCGGCUGGGGCACGUCGGCGCCGACGGCGGUGCCGGCGGGCUCGGGCGCAGCGGCAUGGCCGGGGCCUGGCGGCGGGCUGUGUGAUGUUGGGAAGGGAGGCGCGGCGUCGUUUUGGAGCCGGAGGCCGUUCCGGGCGGGGGGCGGCAAGGGUGGCGCCGACAAGGCACAGCAGGCGCGCGGGGAACGGCAGCUGCUGUCCGCUCUGGAGGCCCUCGGACUGCCCGUCUUCGAGCGCGUGCGGUCCUCGGACGGGCAUUUCCUGGUGUCGUGCGGCGUCGCGCUCGCGGGAGCCAGUGUGGCUGUGGAGCUGCUGCCGCCUGGGUGCGUGGUGGAGCAGCAAGACCUGGUGCCGGUGCGGGUGCCGAGGCCAGCGAUGCUGCCCAAGGCACCGGGCUCCAAGUCGUCCCGCGCCGAGACAGCCGAUAAGAUACGGGCCAGGCAGGCCUUGGCUAGCGCGGCCGUGGCGGCUGGAGCCGGGGCUGAGGCUGGGGCUUCAGUGAGCGGGGCGUGGCGUGGUGCUGUGGGCUUGCAGCUACCUUCGGGAGCCCUUCUGGCAGCCUUCAGCACUCCCGGUGGCGCGCCGGCGGGCGCUGCUGAAAGGGCUACCAUUCUUGCGGCGUCGGGCGUCAGUAUGCAAACGGUGCUGAACCCAAAGUGGUCGAAGCAGCCCAACGGGGAUGCCGAUUUCCGGCGGCGGUGCCUGGAGGCGCGCGGCUGGCGGGUGGUGUCCAUCCUGGCAGCGGACUGGGACGCGGCCUGGAGCGAUGGCGGCGUGGCGGCGGCGGCUGCGUUGGUGAACCAGAGGCUGACGGCGGUGCUGCUCGAGCUGCAGCGCCAGCCGCCGCUGCAGUAAUGAUGGCUGACAUACUUAGGACAAGGCGUCGGUAGCCGCUCGCGGCUCGUAAUAGGAGUAGGUGCAGGUGCAGUAAAAGGAGCGACAGGCUUAGGAUCAACAGGUCAGGGAGGGGCAACAGGAUGGCCCAGGUAUGAUGUGCGCUAGGUAGCUCCCACAGUGCCAUGAUAGUAGUUCGCCGGACGCCGUGUGUGACGUGCUGAUGACGGCGGGCGUGCUUUCUGCGCUCUACCACGAGCGGCGGAGGGAUGAAGUCAUGAGCACGCGGUGGGGUGCUGACUGCUGAGGGCUUGUUAGCUGUUAUGGUAGGGGAUAAAAUGUGGCGCCGGCGUAAGGCGGCGAGGCCCGAGCGAGACCAUCCCGGGCCGAUCCGGCUAUCGGCUUGCUCCGGCCUCCGGGCCCUUCCGGGAGCUGGAAUUCCGGAA